AUGUCGAGAAACCCUCGGGGCCCCCCUCCCCCGAAACCAGGGUCGGGGAACCUGAGCUCUUUGAUUGAGUCCCUUGAGGCCUACGAUGGGAUCGGUCUGUGGCAGGCCUCAUCUGUCUGCUCACGCAGCAAACGCUAUACCCGAUUCGUACAGUAUCUUGUCGGUAAAGGAAGACCCCUGCCCUGCUGGAUGGACAAGACCUUGCUUUCUGCUUCUCUUCCCAAGGCACGUUCCCAAAAGUCUCCCACAUCUAAUUCUGAAGACGAGGAUGGAGGGCCACUACAAACCCAGAGCCCCAGAGAAUUAUGGGAACCUCACCUACUUCCCUCUCACAUAGCGUCUGCUGCCAAAACCAGACUUAGCCUUCCUCUCGAUGGAGCUGCUUCAAGGAUACCGCUGUUGAGGGGCCCCCUUACUACUGAGACAGCCUCUGAAUGUGGGGGAAAGAGCUGCUCCCGUAAGACGGGCAGUAAGACGCAUGAUAUUUGCGUUUGCGUCGUGGAACUCGAGUGCUUAGAUCUCCGCAUGCGGCUCUUUCAGCUCAACGAAGUCCAGAAAGACUUUGACAAGUUGAGCGAAGCACUCCAGGGGCCCCAGAUGCGAAGGCGCAGUAGACUGAAAAAGAUACGAUUGCGAGAACAACGGAAAAAGCGGCAGUUGUCUGUUUUGAGCGCUCUGGAAGGGGCAUUUCCAAACGUGGCGCUGCCUCGUGGUGUCGGAAGAGCACCAAUGAUACAUCAAGAUACAGAACUGGACAAGACAGCAAGGGGCGACUGGCUAGUAGGGCUGUCCCUAGACGCCUCGAUUUUGGGGGGUCCACCACUAGCCCCCGAAGGGGCGGACGCAUAUAUCUUGGAAAACCUACCACCACCUCAAAAAGAGGUCCAUUGCCACUGGAAGGCGGCAAGAGCCCGUAUCAAGGAGGCGCUCUUCGCCGCAAAGGAAGGGCAGCUCGCCAUCCUGGACACGCCUCGAGAGGAUUCAGGUGCUGAAUCGGGGGAAUCUAACGCUGGCAAAAGGAAGGCCCUUGGAGCUUCCCAGUUGCCCGAGAAUGCAUUCAGCUCUCUGCACGGAGUAGAACUUCUUCCAGGAACCUCUAAGAAUUCCCAGGUGUUGCAGCGAGUGAUGCUGCAUCUCUCCCUUGGUGCCCCCCAGACGCUCCGCGUGUAUAUACCCAUGACCAUGAAGCGCGGCAGACCGCCCUCAGCCACAGCCAUCCGAAUAAACCUCACAGUUAUGUGUAAGCCGGCGGCAGACUCCAUUGGCCCCUGGACCUCUGUAGCGGAGGGGGAACUCACUGUGUCGCGGCCCUUGCAGCUUGGCCUCGUGCAGCUGUCCUCUUCGCACCUGGUAAAACUGGGCCCCCCUACAUUUGCGGGGGCUGCGCGAGUUACCAUCUGUUGCGGCGGCAUCCUUUUCGCCUCCAAAAAGUCCACUUCACGCAAGGCAACGCGGGCUGAAAUUGGGUCAGCUCACAGCAAGUCCGCAAAAGCCUUAAAGCCCCAAGCAUCACAGAACCAGUCGUGUCACAUGCCUCAGCAGCUUGGGGCACCUGGCUCAGCAGGAGGGUCCCCUGGAGCAGCAGCAGUUCGCCCCCCAGGAACAGCCCCUGCCGCUGCAGCAACACCAGCAGACGCCACGUACCCGAGUCCACACCAGCAGAAAGAGCAAGAGCAGCAGAAGGGUAAGGCGGUGACGAGAGACACUGGCCUGUCACUGGGUGCUUCGGAGGUACGUCAUGAAGGUCAGGCGACCUCAUUGCAGCAGCUAGAAGGCCUACUGCUGUCACUGAAGCAGGACACCAGCCAGCUCUUUUGGGAUGGUCUCCUCUGGACACGAAAGGCAGGCGCUUGGCCUUCUUCUUUAGAAGAGCUAAGGACAGUCCUUUCGCCUGUGAAAGCACUACGGAGCGAUGGCAGACGCAGUGUUCAUGUCGUAGUUCUGUACGCCACGAGUCCUUCGACAGCCUCUCCUGCCAUUCCCGCCUCAUUAGCAACGCCCGGAGGAACCGAGUGUACGCAUACUGGGGUGUUCAUACUAGAAAGUGUUUUGAAGCGAGAGCUUGUCGACCCCUUUGCCUAUGUGGCUGCCCUUCUGGAGUUUUCCCACAUCUCUUCAGGAGACUCUGAGAUUCAAACAACGCAAGCUUCCCAAGAUACAGCAGCAGAGCCCUCCCGAAGCCAUUUGGCACCCAUCGAUUCCCCGCUCGUCGUGCGACUGCAGGCAAUCUACCAUGACGCGCAGUGUCUCCACAUCCUCAGGGAUUGGCUGCCUCCCCCGUCCCAGAAGCUUUCCGAUAUGCUCCCGCCUAACAGCUCUGGCGUCUUCAAUGAAGCAGCGGCUAGAGGAUUGCUGCAGCAGGUGCUGCAGGUUUUAGUGCUCCUGCAGGGACAGGAGACUCGUAGGGCGUGCAUACAGCUCACGCCUGAUGCAAUUUAUUUGAGGGGAGGCGGCACGAUUGCAUUGGCCCUCCCCAAGAUUUCUCGCUUCUACAAGAGGCAACCAACUAGUGGGAGCUCUCUACAGGCCUUGAUGUACAAGCCCAGCUUCCUGUGCCCUUUAGAAGGCCCCAUGUCCAAUAGUGCAGGGGUCGCAAGGGAGGCGCCCUCGUGGGCUAGCACUACAGUAGAUGCGCAGCUAGCCAACUGGACCAACGCUUUUCCUGUGGCGUAUCUCGCGCCAGAAGAAUUGCAAAACCAACAGGCAGGGGACGCUAGCCUUUCUGCUUCGCCUGGUGGCCCAGCUGUUGCAGCUCCUGCCCCCAGUAGUGUUGCUUCCGCUGCGCCUUCUGCCGCUGAAACUCCUCUUCCGGCUGACGAACCUAGUCCAGAUGGCUCAGGAACUGUCGAACCAGCCUUGAGCCAUGCCCCUGCUGCUUCCGGUCCUGUCAAUGCAGCAGCAGCAGAUAUGUGGCGAGUCGGCGUGUUGGCUUUUCACCUCUUGUCAGGGAGCCCUCCCUUUGUAGUGACUUCACGAGAGACCCUGGGAGUCCUUCUGGAGCGGCGGGGCAUGAUUGGCGAGCUGUUACUCUCCCGUCUGCCCCACGUAUCCAUGGACUGUUGGGAUUUCUUGGCUGCCCUCUUUCACCUAGAGCCACAGAAGCGCCUUACGGCUGCGGAGGCCCUAGAGCAUCCCUGGAUUGUCUCUCACGCGAAAAAGUUUACUCAAAAAUGA